GCAUCGCCAUCGUGGUAGGUGUUCUGUUAGCAUCGCCAUCGAACAACAUGGCAGCUACAAGCUUCCGCUCGUGUACGUUGUCAUCGCGCUGAUCAUACAACCCGGCAGUAUGUCCGGAUUCACAGAGUCUGCAUUGGAAAGAAAGCUCGCUGAGCUAAACAACUCGCAGCAGAGUAUUCAGACGUUGUCUCUGUGGCUUAUUCACCAUCGAAAACACCACAAGACUAUCGUUCAUGUUUGGCUACGAGAACUCAAGAAAGCCAAACCACCUCGGAAGCUGACAUUUAUGUAUCUUGCAAAUGAUGUCAUCCAGAACAGCAAAAAGAAAGGACCUGAAUUCACCAAGGAGUUUGGUACCGUUUUGGCUAAAGCCUUUGCCCACAUAUCUGUGAGAGAUACAGACCAGAAGACGCAUUCAGGCUUGCGAAGAAUUCUUAGUGUUUGGAAAGAGAGAUCUGUUUUCGACUCUCAUCAGAUUUCGGACUUUGGCCAAUAUCUCUCGGACAAGGUGUCGGAACCAGAAACAGUGAAAGACUCUGGCCAAAAUACAGUGCACCACAAGGGACAUGCCCCGUCUUCCCAUGAGGGUACGCCUUUAUGGAAUGAUGCCGAGCCUGCAGCAAAGCGAAAGAAGCCUUCUGAUUGUGGUGAAGAACCUUCAGAAAAGAUAGACAAGGAUGCUGAAAAGUCGGGAGAACCACCAGAUCCAGGGGUUCUGAUCAAGGCAUUGGCUGACUUGGAGAACACAGCCUCCUCUGAUGCUGUUGUUCGAGAACGUAUAGCCAGUCUACCCCCAGAGGUAUCAGAUGCCUCCUUGCUAGAGAAAAUUCAGGACCGACAGACGGCAGAUCGUCUCUCUGCUCAAGUGGAGGAGGCAUGCUCUUUGCUGGCUGAGUACAACAGCCGGUUGGCCCAGGAAUUAGAAGACCGCAAGCAAGUCUCGCAGAUGCUGGCCAGCUUUACGUUCCACCAGCGAGAGCUCAUGGCACUUGCGGAGGAGAAACUGGAGGAACACCGAGACAAGCUGCACAAGGUGACGCAUGUCAGAAACGAGCUCAAGUCUCACCUGCAGAAUUUACCUGACCUUACCUUGCUGCCAAGUGUCACCGGUGGUCUGGCACCCUUGCCAUCAGCUGGGGAUCUCUUCAGCCACAAGUGAUUCUUGUCUGCUCGGUUCUCAGGCCACAAUGGACUGCUUCUGACUGCAUGACAUGCAGUCAGUCUUCUCUGGUUAGCAGCCACGAGUUAAGGCUGUCAUUUAUGCAUUGGGGGAAACUUGCAAAGUAGUGCUCUUCCCCCCUCAUCCUCGCCCAGAUUGUUCUGCAUUUCCCUUUUUUUGCAUCUCUUUUUGUUGCAGUGUAGGCUUGUUCUAGGUUUUGUGAGGGGACAUUCAAUGCUUUAAUGUGGCUGCUGUGAUCGAUGUUUAGAGAGGCACUAUAGUCACCUUUCAGGCCAUUUGUAAGCCUUGUGCACCUGCAGAAUGCCUAGUAUAAAAAGAAUGUUAGUCUUGGUGUGUUUUAAGCCUUAACGACGUGCAUAGGAUGCCAUUUUCUUUUCCCUUACCCCCCCCCCCAAUACCAGCACCACAAACAGAAUACAUUUAAGAACAUAAAUGUCAUUUCAGUUUAAUUAUGUCAGUGCACUACUGUAAACUUUUGUUAAAAGUUGCAAUGCUUGAAAAGCUAUCAGGAAGACCAUAAUAUAUACUUGUGCCAUCAGUACUUUGCUUGUAAUAAUGAAAACCUGACAUAAGACAUGCAUUUUGGUCGGCAUAAACUAUGAAUGCUUUUUCUAAUUUACUUUUGUCUAUUACGAGAAAGCAGUGUACUCUCCGUGUGUAUAUUGUGUAUAUUUUACAAUUAGAAAGUGCAGAAAGUGUAGGUGUUCUUGUUAUGUAGUACUAUAUAUAUAUAUA